AAAAUAAAAAAAUGAAUUGGAUGCUCUAUUUCCACAUUGUAAAUGUCUGUCUUCUCACUAUUAACUUUGCUAAUAAUAUUUUCUUUGUUUUACUAAUUGUUUAUAAUCGACGAAAAAAAUUGGAUCUAAGAGAUCAGGGAUUUAAAGAACUUCAUGCUCCUAUAUUUAUCAAUUUCUUUUUCAUUUCUCUUGUUUUUGUAAUACUUCAGGACUUGAGUUUCAUCAUAAGAAAUAUCGGAUUCAAAAAAAUAGAAUACGAAAUAUUUUUAACAUUACUAAUAAACGGAGUUAUAAGUUUUUUCUCAAGUAUGUCUUUCUCUUGUAUGAUUUCCCUUCAGUUUCUAUCAGUUAUUCAACGUUUGGUUAUAUUAUACCUGCCAAAGUUCAAACGGGUUUUUAUGGGGUUAUAUUUUUAAAAAUUUAAAUAGAAAUCACAUUUUAUUGUUUCAGUUAUCAACUCAGAUUUUGGAUUGUUGGUAUUUAUAUAUCAACCUUCCAUUUUGGUUGGAUAGAAAUAAAUUGUCGGGCAACUAAUUGUAAAAAAGAAAAUUUGGCGGAAUGUAUAUGUGAGAGCAGGAAAAAAGAGUUUUUAUUAUUCGGUUACACUGCAAUUUUUAGUUCAAUGACUUUUAUAACUGGUUGCUUUUAUUAUCAUAUGCAAAAGCUGAUUGCAAAGUUGUCACCGGAUAUUAAGGUUAACAACCUGAUAUAUCAAUUUUUUCCUAUUUAUUUUGUUCAAAUGCUGUACAUUUUCACAUGCGCAGUACGAAUUUUUACAUACGAACUAUCUGGACAUGAUUCGAUCGAAGCAGUUAUGCAAUGUGUGAACAUGAUUGUACCAUAUCUAAUACCAACAAUCAUUUCCAUUUCAUAUACUGCUUCAAGAGAAAAUCUUCGAGCGAUUUUAUCUUCUUUUGUAAAACCUGUCAGGGAUGUGUUAAGUUGGAGAAGUCGGAGUCUACAAAAUUAA